AUUGUUCACCAAAACCAAUCCCAUUAUUCACGCUUCAUACAUCCACUAUUCCUUGUUUGCUCUUGUGCAAGAAUGAAGCCUCUGCUUCAUCAUUUUUCUUCCAUUAUUGUUUUCUUUUUCUCCUUCAUACUUUUGAUGAUCUUCAUCAUCAAUAUUCCAACGUGUCUAUCCGAGGAUGAUGAGUACACGAAAUGUAACACGGCUUUUAUUUGUGAAGACAGUAUGGAAGACCUCAGGUUUCCGUUCUGGGGUGGAAACAGAGAAACUUAUUGUGGUAAUGUUGCUGAUUGUAUUAAUACGAAGCUUACAUGCGAAGGUAAAGUUUCAAAGAUCACAAUUAAUAGUGUUAAGUAUCGUAUUCUUGAGUGGGACAAUACAACACAGAAACUCACAGUUGCUAGAGAUGAUUACUGGAGUGGUAAUGUUUGUGCUGUGAAUACUAAUAUUGAGAGCAGCACAUUUAAUAACACUAAAUUUCAACUUUACAGUAAUGAUGUUGCCAACGUUACUCUCUUAUACGGUUGCAAUGUUGGAAGUGGAAAAUUACUGAAUCAGUUUUAUGAUAUUGAUUGCGGCGAAAGUAAAUAUGUUGUAUACACGGUUGUUUAUUCUGCUUCGUUCUCUGGCUUCUGUACUCCAACUCAUGCUGUAGUGAUUCCGAUUUUGAGAGCCCGAGCUGCACAACUGGGAUCUGGCAACGGAAUACUGAGCGAGGCAUUAAAAGAUGGUUUUGAGUUGAAAUGGAUCGGAAAUUACACUGAGUGCCAGAGUUGUGUUGCUUCUGGUGGAGCAUGUGGGAAUGAUGGAGAUACUGAAUUCAGAUGUUUCUGCAAUAAUGGAACUUACACAACCUCAUGCACUUCAGAAAAGGCAUCAUCCUCAAGUUUUGGAGUGGAGUGGAAUGCAAAUAAUAGUUUGUGUCAAGAUUGUCAAAGCUCUGGUGGACACUGUGGAUAUGAUCCAAUCUCAAAUGUUUUUACUUGCUAUUGCAAGGAUGGAUCCUUCCCACAUUCAUGUGGAUCAGGUUCAAAACAUAACUGGAGGCUUGUUGCUAUAGGUGCAGGAUUUGGAGUAACAAUAUUCUUUAUUAUUACUAUUAUUAUGACUAAAAGGGGUACAUGUAGACAAGAAAAGAGUAUUUUUAGGAAAAGAAGAAAGCUUGUGGACAACAAUGUGGAAAUUUUCAUGCAAAAUUAUAAUUUACACAUGCCAAGAAGAUAUAGUUAUGCAGAAGUAAAAAGAGUUACAAACUCAUUCCGAGAUAAAUUAGGCCAAGGAGGAUAUGGUGUUGUGUACAAAGCAAGUUUAAACGAUGGUAGUCAAGUGGCGGUGAAACUUAUAAACGAAUCAAAGGGAAAUGGAGAAGAAUUCAUAAACGAAGUUGCUAGCAUUAGUAGAACAUCACACAUGAACAUUGUGUCACUUUUAGGUUUUUGUUAUGAAGGGAACAAAAGAGCACUAAUAUAUGAGUUCAUGCCCAAAGGAUCAUUGGAUAAGUUCAUCUAUAAAAGUGAACUUCCUAAUGCUAUUUGUGAUUUUGAUUGGAACACUCUGUUCCAAAUUGCAAUAGGCAUUGCUAGAGGACUGGAGUACUUGCAUCAAGGAUGCAACUCAAGGAUUUUGCAUCUUGAUAUCAAACCCCAAAACAUUCUUUUGGAUGAAAAUUUUUGUCCAAAAAUAUCUGAUUUUGGUUUGGCUAAAAUAUGUCAAAAGAAGGAUAGUACCGUGUCAAUGCUAGGGGCAAGAGGAACUAUAGGGUAUAUGGCACCUGAAAUAUUUAGUAGGGCAUUCGGUGGAGUUUCUUACAAGUCUGAUGUGUACAGUUAUGGCAUAUUGAUUCUUGAGAUGAUAGGAGGAAGAAAGAACUAUGACACCGGAGGGUCACAUAGUUCUGAAAUGUAUUUUCCUGAUUGGAUUUAUAAAGAUCUUGAGCAAGGUAAUACUAGUAAAACUCUUUUAGAUAGUUUGACAAUCUCAGAGGAAGAAAAUGAUAUGGUUAGAAAGAUUACUUUGGUGAGUCUAUGGUGCAUUCAAACGAAUCCAUCAGACAGACCACCCAUGAAUAAAGUAAUAGAAAUGCUACAAGGACCACUUUCAUCGGUGUCAUAUCCUCCAAAGCCGGUCUUGUUUUCUCCCGAAAUGCCACCACUACAAGUAGACUGUAUAUCCUCCUCCAAUUCCUACGAGACAAAUUCAAUUACAGUUUCAAAAUACGAAUCAAAUGAUUAGCUCCACAGCUUCGAAAAUGGAACAACUAACUCGUGUAACUGUAUUUGGCAUACAGUUUUGGUAAUAAUUAUUCAAAAUCAAUUUCAUAUAGUUGUAGUGACUCUAGUGGCUAAACUACUGGCAUAUUUUUUUGUAUUCAUAUAACAAUCUUAUUAUUUCUGUUGUAAAUUCAAGUCAUGCACUUCCAAUAAAUUAACAAGAAAAUACGUA